UUAGAAACAUUUACAUUGUGACGUCACGUUGCUAAUCAGCCUGUUUGAGGCUCACGACGGGAGUUUAUUACACGUGUUGCAAGUUAGCGUUUUCCAUAAGGAUGACUUCUACCGAAGAUAAACGGAUUGCGCCAGGAGAAAGAACUCGAAGCUACAUUUACAACAUUAUAGAAUCUGAUGAGCCAUGGAAGGGAAGAAUGCUGUUCACAGGUCCCGAUGGAAAUUGUGAUCAUCGUGUGACUGUUGAAGCGCACCACAGACACAUCGGGAUAGGAACAAUGUCAGUGGAGGGAACAAGUGAGGCGGACUAUCUGUGGCGACCAGCAUCCUCCACACCCUUUCCCCGACCCCGAAGCACAAACGUGGGAGAGAUUGGCUGGGAGGUUCCCAGGCGGACCGACUGGUCCAUGCCCUUCACUGGACGACAGAUAAUUUUGGGAGACUUCAGACAGGAGUGUGAAAACAGACAUUCGCAUCUCUAUCAAAAUCCCUGGUACCCUGGUCCUGGCGAGGAAAUCAUACCUGGCACCGAUGCUUCCAUGGUGAUGAACGUUUACCGCCCACACACUGCUCCUGCGCAUGCUCAGACAGGUAGUAAUCGACCUCGGCCUCAUACCCGACGCUCCAGGCUAGCCCCACGGGCCACGCAAAUCACGGACUAUUACUCUCAAUCCCAUUAUCACAAAUACCACGGUUUGGAUGAUCAAGAAUCAACUUCUACAGAUACAGCCCAGAACUAUGCCUAUUGAUUAAGUAAGUCUGACA